ACGGAGGAUCCAAAAACGGUCGUAGUCAUAUCAAGAGAUGAAUUUAAUUUAAUUUUCGUCGGGCGUUUCCACCACACCGCGCGGUACCGUCAAACAAAUCGAACGCCGGCCAAACAGGAAGUGUCGUCAGCAUUCAGGAAGUCGGAGUCAGUCAAGUUUCGUUUUCCCCAAAACCACCCGCGUCUUUGCAAUUCAAAUUAAGUAUUUCUUGUUUGUGUCUGUUUCUUCAAAUUGACGUAUUUGAAGAAUUGUAGGUGUUGUUGUUGUUUUGUUUUUGGGGGGGUUUUAUUAUUAUUAUUUUUUUGGCGAUACGAGGAUGCCACCGAAGAGGCGGAGUGCCGGGACGACCCAAAACAAAGAGGCCAGGAGCAGAUCUUCUCCGGGCAUCACGACCAGCCCGGAGUUGUCGGUUAAAAAGCACGGCGACAAGGACGCGGACUUUGUGGCUUUGUGCAAAAGCCUUCAUGUGUCUGAUGUGGUUUGUGAGCGCACCUGGAAGAUGUACAAAAGUCUUCAAGAGUCCCUGAAUGAGUUUGCUGAAGACGAAAAAAGGUUGUGGGCUGCCUGCCUGUUUGCGGUCGUCACCGAUAUGGAUGGCGUCUCCUUCACCGUCACUCAGGUCCUACAAGCAGUCUCCAUGAACGUGAAGCAGUUUGCGGCCCUGGUUCGCAAGUUGGACGUCAACUUGGACACGAUAAGCACGAAGGUGAAUUCGGCGCUGGCGCGCUUGGAGAACGAAUACGACGUGACUCUGGCCCUUCACCAGCGCUUUGAGAAGACGUGCAGAAGAAUCUUUGCCGUGCCCCCGGAGGCAAAGGAGAGCGACCUCUUACGGACGUGUUGGACGACGUUUCUUUUGGCCAAAGGAAGGGCCUUGCAGAUGGAAGACGACCUGGUCAUCUCCUUUCAGUUGCUGCUGUGCACGCUCGAGUUGUUCAUCAAGCGAUGCCCGCCGGAGCUGCUGCAGCCUCUUUAUCAGUCCGCCAUCAGCAAAGUUCAGAGCCCCGUGACGCGAACGUCUCGGCGCAACCAGAAAAACGCCAAAGCGCGACUUGCGGAGCCAGAGGCGGACGCGGCGCUUCUGGAAGCCUUGUGCAAGGAGAACGACUGCGACAUCAACGAGGUCAACAAUGUGUAUCAGACCAGUUUCUCCGGCUUCCUGGUGUCUCUGGAGCUUCACAAAUUUCCCGGCCUUCCUCAGGCCGCUGACGUCAACCGGCAGUACCAAGAGCACUACCGCAAGAGUCGAGACAUCGACGCGCGGCUGUUUAUGGACAACGACGUGACACUCAAAGUGGACGCGGCACAAUUGGAGAGAACGCCAAAGAAGAACGCGAUGGAAGAAGAUUCCGUGUCCGUCCCUCAGACUCCCAUCAGAGCGGCGAUGACCUCCAUUCAGCAUUUGAGGGGAGACCUCACCUCUCGCGGCGACCGGCCGUUUACCAACUUGACGACCUACUUCAAGAACUGUACCGUGGACCCCACUCAGAACGUGCUGAGGCGCUUGGAGACGACGGGAGCAACUUUCAGCCAGCGCUUCGCCGAGGCCGUCGGGCCGCGCUACAUCACGCUCGGAAAGCAGAGGUUUACCCUUGGUGUCAAACUCUACUACAAAGUCAUGGAGGCGAUGCUGAAAUCGGAAGAGAAACGACUGUCUGUGCCGAAUUUCAGCAAACUCCUCAACAACUCCACAUUUCACACGUCACUCUUGGCCUGUGCUCUGGAGGUUGUCAUGGCAACGUACGGAGAGAGCAGUUUUAGGACCGGGGGUUACAAUCACGGACGUGGCGGCGGCCCGGCCGAAGGGGACAUGUGCUUUCCGUGGAUACUGCACGUGUUGGACCUCAGCGCCUUCGACUUCUACAAAGUCAUCGAGAGUUUUAUCAAAACGGGCGCCACUUUGAGCAAAGACAUCGUCAAACAUCUGGAGACCUGCGAGAACCUCAUCAUGGAACGGAUCGCGUGGGAGACGGGUUCGCCUCUUUUCGAGCUCUUGAAGCAGGACCAAGAGGGCGGCGCCACGGAACAAGCGGAGACGCCCGUGAGUUUCGGCCAAGCCUUGCAGCACGAGCACACCGCCGCCGACCUGUAUCUGUCCCCCGUUCGCCCGUGCCCGCGCGUCCCGCCGCCAGACUCCGCCGCGACGGCCAAGUCUCAAGCCGGCCCUUCCCCGUCGAGCCAGCCCGCCCCCCAGGCCGUGGGCCAAAACCCUCGGCAGCCCAAGUCCAACUCACUGAGCCUCUUCUAUAAGAAAUUGUACCGGCUGGCCUACACCCGACUGAAGGUGCUCUGCUCGUAUCUCCUGUCCUCCCACCCGGAACUGGAGCCCAUCAUCUGGACGCUCUUCCAGUACACUCUGCAGCACAAGUACGAGCUGAUGAGGGAUCGUCACCUGGACCAGCUGAUGAUGUCAGCCAUGUACGCCAUCUGCAAAGUGAAGGGCGUCGAUCUGCGCUUCAAAACCAUUGUGUCGUCGUACAAGGACAUGGCCAACACCAGCCAGGAGACCUUCAUGCACGUCUUGAUCACUGAGGGCAACUACGACUCCAUCAUCAUCUUCUACAACCAGGUUUUCAUGCAGAGGCUGAAAACCAACAUCCUGCAGUACGCGUCCACGAGGCCGCCCACCCUCUCUCCGAUCCCACAAAUCCCACGCAGCCCUUAUAAAUUUCCCAGCUCACCUCUGCGCGUGCCCGGAAGCAACAACGUCUACGUCUCGCCCAUGAAGAACCCUGGCAUCAUGACCCCUCGCAGCAGGAUGCUGGUUUCCAUUGGUGAAUCAUUUGGGCCGCCCAAUCGCUUCCAAAAGAUCAACCAGAUGGUGAACAGCGGCGACCGUUCCGCGAAGAGAACCUCGGAUCACGGCGGCGCUCCCAAGCCUCUGAAGAGGUUACGAUUCGAUGUUGAUGGGCAAGAUGAACCCGACGGAAGCAAAUCUGACGGCGAUUCGACCCUGAUCCAGCGGCUCAAUGACUUGACGUCCGCCCGCAGCCGCAUGCAGGAGCAGAUGAUGCUGGAGGGUGCGGAGUCCCGCAAGGAGCUGCACUGAGACCCGUCGAGCUGUUUGCUGUCCCUGCCUUGUCAAGCGGGCCCAGAGUUUAUAUACAUGAAGUGACUGCUUUUAGUUUGUAUUUAACGUUUCUAUUCUAUUCUAUAUAUUAGGGGGUAGGAAGGAGGAUUUAACCAAAUGGCAAAAGUUUUUUUCUUUGUUGCUAAAUAAAUCAAAGAAGUGCUUAGA